GCCUUCAGAUAAAUAACGUCUUUGCAUUUGUUUACAGUGUUUCACUAAGGUAUUGCCGCGAAAUAUGAGUUGUGAUGAUGUCGUAGAACAAUUUUAUGGAGUUUACCUGUUAUACUGCAUGAACCCGAAAUAUAAAGGAAGGACAUAUAUUGGCUACACAGUGGAUCCUAACAGAAGAAUAAAACAGCAUAAUAAAGGAAAACAAGCAGGUGGUGCUUGGAGAACAAAUAAUCACGGACCAUGGGAAAUGGUACUGAUCGUUCAUGGUUUCCCCAAUGACAUUUCAGCUUUGAGGUUUGAAUGGGCUUGGCAACACCCAGAUAGAUCAAGAAGAUUGCGCCAUGUGUCAAGUAAAAGUCGGACAGAGAAAGUGUAUGACUACUGCCUUCGUGUUCUGUCAGAAAUGUUACGUGUGGGACCUUGGAAAAGACUUCCAUUGACUGUUCGCUGGUUGAAUCAGGAUUAUUGUAGAGAUCUAAAGGCUGUUCCACCUCUGCACAUGCCAAUGUCAUAUGGACCAGUUGUGAGUGCCAAAGUAGUGAGUGCUGACAAGGCGUCGGAUCCAGAGAGCACACUGCCGCUGUGUUUAUUCUGUCAUGAUGCUAUCUCUGAUGCGAGCAGCCUUUCUUGUGUUACUCCAGGAUGCCCCCUGAUUGCACAUAUUAUUUGCCUUGCUCAGCACUUCUCACAGCCUGGCCAAUUAUUGCCUGUGGAAGGCAAUUGCCCAGCCUGCAAGAGCAGCAUGUUGUGGGGGGAUCUAGUACGUAAGAAGAAGGGAUGCUAUAGUAACCUGACAGCAGCUCCUGACUCUAUUUCAAUCAUUGAUUCUCCAUAAAGCUAAAAUCAGUUGUGUGGAAAAUAUGAGAGAAUUCACAAUAUCUUUCUUUCUGACAAGUGAUUUUCGGACGAGUGCAUAAACUUCUGCUUCUCUGUUGAAAUUCUCAGAAAUAAAAUAAAGAUGAGCGUUUAGUGAAUCAAUGUUUGAAAAGAUAUUUUAACUUGCUGAGAGUUGUGUGAUGUGUUCAUCUUGGAUUAAAAUCAAAGACAAACGGUUAAGUCUGUGUAAAACUUCUGUAAAUGCUGGUCAUGGAAGACUACAUUAGAGUUAAUAUAUUUCUUGUAGUUUCAAACAUCUUUCCUUCAUGUCAUAUGCGUAUCAUCCUGAAUCCAUCAUUUUCUUUCAUUUGUACAAAUGGAAACAUAAAAUUACUAUUACUGGCUGUUCCAGCUUUGGCUGUAGUUAUGUGAUUGAUGAAUUAUCUUAGUACCGUGAAGAUGAGACACUGCCUAAACAUGCAAUAAAAUUUAAGUAAUAUAACAAUAAAAGAAUCAUUUUGUGUCA